AUGCCUAUCGCCCGCCGAAGAACGACUGGAAGCGGGAGCACUGGCAGCGCUGGGCCACCACCUUCUCCAACUACUGCCAAUACGACUACCCAUACGACUGCCAAUGCAACUGUCAAUGUGGCUGCCAAUACGGCCGCCACUGUGACGACUGUCCUGCAUGAUGGUGACCUCGCCGAGUCAGAUUAUGCUGAACGAGCUCGGCGGCUCAUCGAGCUGACCAAUGAUCUCAAGGCGCUCGGAGCCAACCACCUCCUGGACAUCCCUCGUGUCGUCUUCAUCGGUAAUCAAUCAGCUGGAAAGAGCUCCGUCGUGGAAGCAGUGACGGGGACCAAAGUCCCUCGAGACGCCGGAACCUGCACAAGAUGCCCAAUGGAAUGCACCAUGACAAAGCACUCCGGACCCUGGCAAUGCCGAAUCCAACUACGCCUCGAAUACGAUAAUGACGGCUCCGAGCGGCUCGCUCCUACGACCAUCCACUUUGCCGACCUCACCGACCCCGCUGACGUGGAGAUAUUCUUGAAGAGGGCGCAAGCUGCCAUCCUCAGCCCCGGGGACAUCGACGAAACCGUCGUCCGCUCGUUCACGACGAAGACCUCGGCUGAGAUUAAGACGAUGCAGACUACGGGGGCGUUGUUGGCGUUCUCGUUUAAUACCGUCGAGCUUCAUGUUCGUGACCCCCAGGGCGCAGAUUUGUCUUUCGUCGAUCUGCCGGGUAUCAUUCAGCACCACAGCACUGACACGAGCAUGGUCUCGCUGGUUCAGCGCCUCGUCAAGCGGUCCAUCAAAGGCUUGAACACGUUAAUCGUGCUUACCAUCCCCAUGACAGACGAUGUAGAGAACCAAGAAGCAUUCGCACUCGCCAAAGCAGCCGAUCCUCGAGGCUUGCGAACCAUAGGGGUGGGCACCAAACCCGACAUGCUGAGCCCAGGCAACACCGGCAUGAUCUCGAACUGGCAGAACAUCCUCCAAGGCAACGCGCACCAGCUCCAGCACGGAUACUUCUGCGUCAAACUCCCCGACGACGCAAUCCGAGCUGCCAACCACACACCCCUCGAACUCCAACGACAGGAACUCCAUUUCUUCAAUACCACCGAACCUUGGAAAGACUUCUCUGAUCGUACGCGUUUUGGGAUUCGGAAUUUUGUGAGGAGCACGAGUAGGUUGUUGAUUAAUCUCAUUGAGAGCAACCUUCCAAUCCUCAAGAGGGAAGUCGACCAGCUUCUGUCUCAGGAUAUGGCCGCGUACGAGAGACUCCCGGAGACCGUCGACGCGGAGCACCCCCUCCCUGUCAUCAUCUCUAGACUCUCGGCAUUCUGCAAGGCGUUCGAGAGGACCGUCCUCGGAGACUUGAACAAGGAGUUUACGCACGUCAACAAGAAGCACUACAAUGCCUUUCGGGACGAGAUUGCCAAGACGGCCCCCAAGUUCAGCGUCUCGAGCAACAAUAGGCGCCAGAAUAAUGAUGGAACGAUAACCCUUGAGGAGGUUCGCGCUGCUAUCGACAAUAAUUUGACUUGGGAACUCCCGAGUUACAUCCCAUUCGAAGCGACGAAGUACUUCAUCCUUCGACAUGUCAGUCAGUGGAAGGUUCCCGCCCUCGCUUGCUUCUCCCGUGUCGCGGAAAACCUGAACAGGCAAAUCGACGAACUCCUCGAGGAUUCUGGAAACUUUGGACGGUUUGCGGAAUUGAAGGUAUUGAUCAAGGAGAUCGUGUCGCGAGAAGAGCAGGCCUGCAUCCAAGAUACUACCGUCAUGCUGAACAAACUUUACAACAUCGAGAACAGCGUCCCGUUCUUUACGCAGAACACGGACGCGUACGGUGCUGAGCGCAGGGCGUGGUACGCCGAAUACGCCCCGGAUGCACUGAUGGGUAAAUACUACGUCCGAGAAUCGGACGAGCACAAAGUCAUGGCCGACAUCUACGCCUACUUCCAAGUUGCAUCCAAGCGCUUCAUCGACCUCGUCCCUCUGAGCAUCGAAACCGAGCUUCACCAAGCUCUGGCAUCCCGAAUUGGAACAAAACUGUUUCAAGUCGUAGCUGCCAUGGACAGUGAGAACUUGACGGCGAUGCUUAGAGAGGACCCGGGGAUUAUGGCCAGGCGCCAGCAGCUCUCGCAGCGCAUCGCGAGGCUGACGGCGAUUAAGCAUAGGUUGUUGGAGUAUGAGCGGAGUGCUGUGAUGCCGCAUCUUGAACCCGAGUUGUUGGAUUGA